AUGUCGCAGGACUUACCUACCCUAUCGCAUUUCAGCAAACGCGAGUACCUUCUCGCGCAAAUCCGCCACAAGGACCAAAUGAUCGAGUCUUUGUUAAAGCAGUUGCACAAUCCGUACACGGCUACUCCCCUUUCGAUAUCAGCCUUCAAAACGGCCACCUCGCCCUCUGACAAGGACAAUGUCAAGAUUGUUGAUUGGAUGGACCGUCUUCAGUCAAGUACGAAACCGCCAACCCAGCCAUGUCCAUCCAGGAUGGAGAUGUUACGCGAGCUUCGAGAUACGCAUAACAAUGCGGGCGGGGUUGGCGAUAACAGUAUGGAGGACUCCGACGAGAUAGAAGAGGGCGAUGAGACGACUGAAGGUGAAGAGACUGAAAAAGUGAGAGGCACUCUCCCGGAUGCCGCGGUGCCGAUCGGUCUCCUUGCCAGUCUGUCUUUGGACAAGGAUAAAGGCAAAGGCAGGGCAAGUCAGAGUGCUGGAACACCUAGCACCAAUACAAAGCUUGAAGAAGACGACGACAACGUGGGCGUGGCCAAUAAGGAGUACUUUAUGCCAGGACUUGCAAAUAAUCUCAACAUCCGUAAAAACUUGAUCGAGCAACAUAGCCCACCAGACAUCGUCUUACACGGUCUAGUUACCGCUGCCGACGUGGAGAAGCUGUUCGAGAUAUUCUGGGGUAAAAUCAACCCUUUCAUCAGCCUGUUAGACCGGAAGGUUCAUACACCGACCACGAUUUUCCAAAGAUGUCCUUUCCUCUUUACAGUCAUUUGCGCAAUCUCGUCCCGUUAUUACGACAAGUCAGAAAUAUACCCGGUUGCAAUGCACUUCGCGAAACAUGCAGCCGCCAAUGCACUCAUUGAUGGAUGGAAGUCUGUAGAACUCUGUCAGGCUUAUAUUCUCAUGAGCCUAUAUACUGUCCCUGCCCGCAGGUGGGAAGAGGACCGAAGUUGGUUGUACACAGGUUUGGCUAUUAGGAUUGCGACCGAUUUGAGCCUACAUCAGGUAUCUGAAAUUCGACCUACGACAGAGAGGCAAGAGCGCGAACUUUUAAACCGGAUACGGGUGUGGAUGAUAUGUUUCAACCUCGAUCGUUCGACGGCUACCCAAUUUGGGAAACCAUCCACCAUCAAAGAGGACUACAUCAUACGGAACGCCAAUUGGUACAAGAAAUCACCACACAAUGACAAAUAUGAUAUCCACCUGUGUGGGUACACGGCGCUGCUGCGCAUAGUCGCCCAGUUCCAUGACGACGUCUUCUCGGAUCCUGAUUCCCCUACGGGCUUGAACAGAUCUAUCGAUUUCCUUACUGUAACGCUCGAACACGAUAAUCGUCUCACACUGUACUUUGAUGAGUGGACAAAGCGCUUCAAUGAGGAUUCCGAUCAUACAGAUCCUGGUUCCGCAUUCCGGUGUAAACUCCUGCCAUUUCUUGUCAACUAUUCCAGGCUGGUGAUGUACUCGUUUGGAUUUCAACACGCAUUCCAGCGUGGGAUGGAAUCUAACGACCAGAUUUUCCUUGAGAAGUGUUUUGAUGCUGCGACUGCGGUGAUCGAGCACGUGGUUGAAGUUCUUGCGCCGAGUGGUUUUAUGCGGUCUUCGCCAGAUGGGCAUUUUGUCUUCGCUUCCUUCGCGUCCGCGUUCUUGCUGAAGCUGCUUCGUCCGGAGUUUGCGCAGUUCCUCACACACAAAAUGGAGGAUGAAAUAUUCGAAUCGAUUAGUCGACUAAUCACAACGUUGCAAGAACUUGCGAUCGAUGAACGCCAUACACCACACCUCUAUGCCCGUUUCCUUGCCAGCCUGCUUACGAAGCAUCGCAAGGGAGGAGCUGGAGUCGGCGGGCACCCCCAGUCACAACCCCCGGCAAGCCAGUCUGUCCAUAAACCUUCGACCCAACCGCGCGGUUACGGUGGACAACAGUGCAUAUCAUCUCCGUCGCGUCUGCACUACUCCGGGUUAUCAUCACAAGACUCCUCGUACCCACGGUAUGAUAGUGACAAUAUGCAAAUGAACGGUAGUCCCUUCCCGGGCACCUCUAGGUCCCCUCCACCUGCAACAACGCCACCCAUGCCCGCUGCGAAUGCUCCCGGACCCGAAUACCUCGGCGAGCCUGGCAUGGACGAUAUGUUGACAGAUAUAGGAGCUUUGGCGUCCAUGCGUGCUUUGAAUGACGUAUGGUGGGGCAACAUGAUGAUGCCUGGGUGA